UUGAGUAAUAUUUAACAAAUAGAAUUAACAUAAUUUAACCAAUUCAUUAAAGCGACAUUUUUUGUACGCGCUUUUUUUAUUGUAUUGUUUUUGUGAGAUGGUCGGCAAGGGCGAAACUAAGAACAGCCGAAUAUUCCACCAGUCUUAUGUGAAAUGUUGCAAGUUACAGAACUUGACACCUCUGAAUAAUGUGAUCCCUUCGGCCAAUGGGAAAGUCCUGGACUUCUGUGUGGACCGGAUCAAGUACGUGGAAUGGCCGCCCAUACUGAACGCCCUGAGCUGUGAUCUAAGUCUCCACUCGGUCGCUAUACGAUGCAGGCAGCAAGUGAAAACUGUUCUAGAACAAAUAGACUGUGAGCGUCUCGCGAAGACUGUGAACAAGCGAGCCGUGAUCCUCACGAAGUUCAUGCUGUCCAACCUGGUGGAAGCGGUGGCGCAGCUGCUCGCCGACACGACGCUCCUCCACACCCUGAUCCUGGAGGGGCUGCCCUUGAGGAUACCCUACUUGAAUCCUAUAAGCGAGGUUCUUACGAGCAACAACUCUCUAAGCCACCUCGCGCUGCCCCGCUGCCUGAUCGGCGACGCGGGCUGCAUGGCCGUCUGCAAGGCGGUCCGCUGUCUGCCCAACAUCCUGACCCUCGACCUGUCUGGCUGCGAGCUCACGCCGCUGGGGGCGUCCUACAUCGCGGACUUAAUCAAGUACCAGAAAAUCAACCGCUACAGCGAGAACUGGGUGCACACGCUCCGGUACAGGAUGCCCGAGCUGGACGCGAUGGCGGGGCUCCGGCGCAUCUCUCUGUGCGGGAACCCGCUCGGUGAUGCCGGCGCCUCCGCGCUGCUCAGCGUGAUAGCUGAUGACUUGUGGAUCAAAGCCAUGGACCUCCAGAGCUGCGAGGCGACAGAGUCGACGGCGGCGGCGGCGCUGCUCGCCCUCCAGUCGAACACGACGCUGGUGGUGCUGGACCUGCGUCACAACUCCAUCUGUGGCGAGUCGCUGGCUAAAGUGCGGGCUGCGGUCCGGAAGAAUGAGACGGGAGUUGGGGAACAGUAUUCAUGGCUGGGCAGUACUAGCAUGUGCUCUGGUGACGGCAUCAGAGUGAUCAAACCAAUGAGUUCCAGAAAUGGAGUAAGCAAAGACCGGGCGGCGCUGAACCAGAAGAUAGCGCCGAUGAAACACACCAUCAACAAAACUACUGUCAACAAGAGGGAAAAAGACUAUGCCGAGGUACUAGAGCAACAGCUACAAGACGAGGUGGCGCACCGGCAGCAACUAGAGGAGUUGAACUCGCAGCUAGUGGAACAGAUGAAGCAAUUGCAGCAACAGCAGCUACGCCGGUGGCAGGACGCGGAGUCUUUCGGUUCAGAACAGUCCCUGGAGGCGAGCUCACGGUCGGGCAGCUCUGGCUCGUCCUGUUCGGUGCCGAUCGACCAGAGCACUCUGUCGUACAUCCAGCAGGCUUUCCGGGAUAUCUAUGCCUUUAUCAAGAACAACCAGUGCGCGGGUAACUGCGAACACGAGCCGAAGGAGCACAUCACGGAAAUCCCGGAGUCCGACGAGGAGAGGUCCGAAGACCGAGCCAGCAUCAUCCCGAAGAAGGCGCAGAGCACGCACGUGAAGCUGACGGAGCUGGUGAAGGUUGAGAAGAUGACCAAGUCGGCGCAUCUGCUCGGACACAUACAGCACAUACGGGAGACCAUGCAGAUAGUGACGAAGCCGGAGAUGAUUGAAAAACAAAUGGGAGACACGAAGAAUAUUCACAAAGAAGAACAGUAUUUAGACGAACUGCAAGAAAUGAAUUCUUGUACCACCAAGAGUAGAAAAGACAGUAUGAUAUCGCGGAAUUCGAGAAGCAGCGGCAGUCUAGUAUCAGACUCGUCGGACACGUUGGUGUCAUCACACAACUUGCGCGCGCGCGCGAGCCCGCACCGCGCACACAGCCCGCGCCACAAGCGCAGCCCGCGCCGCGUGCGCCACACGCCGCGCGACGCCCCCUCCCCGCCGCGCGCGCUCAACCCGCGCGAGGCCCUAUACUCGUCCUCGGAUGAUAGUUCGUGAUUUUUGUAGAUUUUUUAUGUAAAUUUUGUGAGCAGUAAAUUAUUCUUUUUA